GACACAUUAGUUCCUGUUUCUGCUUCCGGUCCGGUUAUUGUUGCAUCAGCAUCUCAUUCAGAUCUGUGGCCAUGUCGAGCUCACCGGAUACAGCCUUUGAGUUUGGCUCCUUGCUGCAGAUUAACGAGGAGGCCGCGCUGACGGCGGCCCUCAACGACUACCUGACCUCACGCAGCUACCUGGCGGGCUUCGGCCCCUCCCAGGCCGACCUGAGAGCCUUUAGGCUCCUCCCCCAACCCCCCGCCCCGCAGCACGUCCACGCUCUGCGCUGGUACAGACACAUUUCCGCCCUGCAGCAGGACCUGAGCGCAGACGGCAGCAUGAAGGAGAAGCGGGUCCAGCCUCCAUGGUCGCCACCGGUGGGAACAGAAGUUCCUCAGCUGCGGCUCUACAACAGCCUGACCAGAACCAAGGAGCCGUUUGUUCCCCAGAAGGGCAACAAGGUGACGUGGUACUGCUGCGGCCCCACCGUUUACGACGCCUCACACAUGGGACAUGCCAGGUCCUACAUCUCCUUCGACAUCCUGCGGCGGAUCCUGAGGGAUUACUUCAAGUACGACGUCCUCUACUGCAUGAACAUCACAGACAUCGACGACAAGAUCAUCAAACGGGCCCGGCAGAACUUCCUCCUGGAGCGGUACAGAGAGAAGCGGCCGCAGGCGGCUCAGAUCCUGCAGGAUGUCCUGAACGCACGAGUGCCGUUCCUGGAGCAGCUGGCCUCCACCACGGACCCGGAUAAGAAGCAGAUGUUGGAGCGUCUGGACGCCGCCGUCGCCGCCGCUCUGCAGCCCCUGCAGGGGGCGAUGGAGAGCAACGCGGCGGCUGACGUGCUGCAGCCUCUGGCUGAGGUUUUGCUGGAGAACUCGAAGGACUUGCUGUCCGACUGGCUGGACAGGCAGUUUGGAACCGAAGUCACAGAGAACUCCAUCUUCUCCGUCCUGCCGAAGUUCUGGGAGGGGGAGUUCCACCGAGACAUGGAGGCCCUGAACGUUCUGCCUGCCGACGUUCUGACCCGAGUCAGUGAGUACGUGCCGGAGAUCGUGGAGUUUGUGAGGAAAAUCGUCUCCAACGGUUACGGGUACGAGUCCAACGGGUCCGUCUACUUCGACACCCAGAGGUUUGAUUCCAGUCCGCAACAUUCGUACGCCAAGCUGGUACCAGAGGCGGUGGGAGACCAGAAGGCGCUGCAGGAGGGAGAAGGCGAUCUGAGCAUCUCAGCAGACAGACUGAGUGAGAAGAAGUCCCAGAACGACUUCGCUCUGUGGAAAGCCUCGAAGCCCGGCGAGCCGUCCUGGGACUCUCCGUGGGGGAAGGGUCGGCCCGGCUGGCACAUCGAGUGUUCGGCCAUGGCCGGCUCCAUCCUGGGAGAGUCCAUGGACAUCCACGGAGGAGGCUUCGACCUGCGCUUCCCCCAUCAUGACAACGAGCUGGCCCAGUCCGAGGCGUUCUUCCAGAACGACUGUUGGGUCCGUUACUUCCUGCACACCGGCCACCUGACCAUCGCCGGCUGCAAGAUGUCCAAGUCUCUGAAAAACUUCAUCACCAUAAAGGACGCCCUGGCGAAGAACACAGCGCGCCAGCUCCGCCUGGCCUUCCUCAUGCAUUCCUGGAAAGACACGCUGGAUUACUCGGCCAACACCAUGGAGUCGGCCGUCCAGUACGAGAAGUUCAUGAACGAGUUCUUCCUAAACGUCAAAGACAUCCUGCGGGCGCCGAGCGAUCUCACCGGACGCUUCGAGAAGUGGGAGGCAGAGGAGGCGGAGCUUAACAGCAGUUUCUACGACAGGAAGUGGGCCGUUCACCUGGCGCUGUGUGACAACAUGGACACCCGCAGCGCCAUGGAGGAGAUGAGGCUUCUGGUCGGCCUUAGCAACAGCUACAUCGCCAGCAGGAAGAGCGCCAAGCUGAGGCCCAACCGCCUGCUGCUGGAGAGCGUCGCCUCCUACCUCACCGCCAUGAUGAAGAUAUUCGGAGCCAUCGAAGGAUCCGAUCCCAUCGGUUUUCCAGUCGGAGGACAAGCUGUGGAUCUGGAGAGCACGGUGAUGCCCUACCUGGCGGUUCUGUCCGACUUCAGAGAGGACGUCCGGAAAAUCGCCCGAGAGCAGAAAGUGACGGCGCUGCUGCGGCUCUGCGACGCCGUCCGGGACGACACGCUGCCGGAGCUGGGCGUCCGGCUGGAGGACCACGAAGGUCAGCCCACCGUGGUGAAGCUGGUGGACAAGGAGACGCUACUGAGGGAGAGAGAGGAGAAGAAGAAGAUGGAGGAGGAGAAGAAGCGGAAGAAGGAGGAAGCUGCCAGGAAGAAGCAGGAGCAGGAGAUGGCGAAACUCGCCAAGAUGAAAGUCCCUCCGUGUGAGAUGUUUCGCUCAGAAACAGACAAAUAUUCCAGGUUUGACGAGACGGGUUUUCCCACUCAUGACGCCGAAGGAAAGGAGCUGAGCAAAGGCCAAGCCAAGAAGCUGCGGAAGCUGUUUGAGGCUCAGGAGAAGCUCCACAGCGAGUAUCUGCAGACGAACCGGAACGGGAACUGAGCGUCCACUUGCAUCGAACGCAGCUUCAGCAGGGACUCUGAGAACAACAAUUAGAUCAGAUCCAGAAUGGAAGCAGGAACGUUUCCUCCAUCAGCAGAACCCAGCUGCUACUGCCGCUUCGUUUCCAGACUGGGAUCCAACUCCUGGACUCCAUCUGUGACGGUUUCCAUCAUGCAUUCCCAUCAGCCGUUCAUUCAUUCAUCCAUUCAUUCAUCCAUUCAUUCAUUCAUCCAUUCAUCCGUCUGUAAACGGAUUCAAACAAACUGCGACGUUGAGUUUCCAACAGACGAGGAACCUGGAUUCAGGAAAAGCUGAGCAGCUGAACCCAAACCUUCAGAUCCAACAGAACUGGUGGCAAAAAUCUUCAAUGUGCUGCUUUUGUUUGAAUAAAUUGAUAAAAGUUUAAAGGUCAGAAGGUCAACCGACCCCCACCUUACUCAAAUCAAACUAAAUUGGUGUCAUUGUUAUGUUUGUGCAAAGAUAUUAAUAAAUGUUUCCAGAGGUCAUCAGAGGUCAACCAGGAACCGCUCACAUUUCCAAAACUGAACGAAUUUGGUGUCAGUCAAAUCCGUUACCUUUUUGAUGGUUUGUGUCGUAAAAAUGUUUUUGUUUUUGUCACUAUCAAUUUAAAGAUAAAUAAAUGUUUCCAGAGGUCAUGAAAGGUCAAGCAGCUCCUCCACUGUCCUCACAUGUAAUAAAAUGGGUGUCAAACGUUUUUAUUGUAUUUUUAUUAAUAUAUCUGAAAUGAUAGCGGCACAAAUGUUUAAUCUUGAUAGAUUUAGGUAAUGUGGGCGGGGCUGGUUGACCUUUUGACCUUUAAACGUUCAUUGAAACUUUUAAAGCCAAAGCAGCUUAAAUGUAGGGGAGUUGAUUGACAGCAGGUUUGACUGAUUUGAGGAAAACAGUGUUGACCUUUCAUGACCUCUGGAAACAUUUAUUAAUAUAUUUAAAGAGACAGCAGUGCAAACGUUUGACACCAAUUUCAUUAGAUUUGAAAAAGGUGGAGGGAAAAACUCACUCAGGUUAGUGUUUAACGUUCCCGGGAUAAAAACGACCUGAAGGGAGUAAUAUGGAUAAUAACAGCUUCCACGUGUCCAGGUCCGUUUCCCCCAGGUCCCAGUCAGGUGUCGUCUCUGUGAAAACGGACCGAGUUUCUGUUGGUUGUGGUCCUGCCGAUAAAUCCCAGGAUGUUCCGAACGCAAGAGCUGCAGGAUCCUGGGAGCAUCAGCAGGUCUGACAGGAAGAGCUGGGCCUUUUAGUCAAACAUCCAUCCAUUACUGCUAGUAUUUUUCUACUGAUUUAUUAGAAACUCGUGGUUCUGUGAAGGAGCAGCUGCAGGUUGUGAAGAAGACGCUCUAAUAAAAACAGUCAGGCGCAGGUGGUGUCUUUAUUUCAGACAAGUCAGUCAUUUAUUUUCAUUUAUCCAACAGAUCAGGAAUAAUCCGAGUCGGAUGUAAUUUGUUUCACAUGCAGAUCACUGAUAAUCCGAGACACAUCUGGGAACCAAAAGUUAUUGUGUUGAGAUUAAAAUGAAACUUCAAAUAAAGUUGCACCAAAUACAACUUUAUUUAAAGUUGUGUUUUGAUAUUUUUCAUUAAAAUUGGAGAAAAAUAAGUUUUGUAGUUUUUCUGCCUCUUUCCCUGGUUAAAUAAAAAAACAGCUGCACACGAUGACCUGAUGUUUCAAAUGA